AUGGAUCCCUGUUCAGUUAGAGUUCAACUUCGUGCUACCAAUGAAUGUCAUAAGACAUACUAUGCUGGACAUACUGGCUUCAAGACUUUGCAAGAAUUGUCAUCAAAUGAUGCACUUUUACUUCAGCUUAGAACCGGAAUGACCCUCUCUGGAAACGAUACAAUUUGCUUACAUCAUGCAAAAAUUUACAUUGAUCAGUUUGAGGACUUGCAAAAGUCUUGUUGUGAUCCUUUUAACAUACUCAAAAAGCUUGCAAAGAAAAAUUUGCGUGCAAGUGACUUAGAUGAUGCCACUUUCCUAAGUGCCAAGUUUGGAAGACAGCUUGCAUCGGGUUGGAAGUUUUGUCCAAAAUGCUCACAGAUAAUCAAUGGAAGUGUGGAUGUUGAAUCUGAAGAUCGGCAAAAAAGGAAAACUGAUUCAGACAGAAGGACUGCUAAAGCCUUGUGGUCCUUGCAGUUUGCAAAUCCAGGAAAGCAAACUGAAUUUACUCCAGAAACUGGUAAGAGAGAGAAAAGAAGGCAGACUAAGGCAACCAAUUCAGACAAGCAAGUGAUACCACCAAAGAGCAAAGUCUAUGAUACCCAAGGCCUCCCGAUAUUAAGUUGGAUGGAUCUCUGUGACUGCCUUGAUGAAGAUUGCCUGGGGUGCUUCUACACAUGUCCUAAUUGUGGUUCUAGCAAGUGUGGAGCUGAAUGUCGCUGUGACAGAAAAUGGCUUUAUGAGCAGGUUGAGAUAGAAGGAGGGGAGAUUAUUCAUAAUAAGCAUGCUGGGUAA